GAUGCGUUCAUAGCUAUGGGGAAGGAGCCCCUCACUUUGAAGGACCUGGAGGUGGUAUUACAAGAACUUUAUCCUGAAAAUCCUUAUGCUGCCAGUGCUGCCAUUCAGACGAAUGAGGAGCAGUCCCAAAAACUGAAGAGCAGGCUGUAUGACAAGGCCUCGAAAGUAGACAGUGGCUUUGAUGAGACAGAAAUGACCAAGAACUGCAGCGAAGGCUUGUCUUCCCAGCUGGUAGCUGGACAUGAAGGAAAAAGUCAAACCAAGACAAAGCAAGAGGAAAAAAUGAGAACCAAAAAAAAGUGGACUAGAGAGAGCUGGGGUGGUGAGCAUGGAGCGAAGCCUUCUAGAAAAACACGAGAAUGUGAAAGGUACCUUAAGCAUGAGAGGAGUCCUGAGGAAGGCUUAGAAGACAGUUCUGAGGAGGUGUUGAGGUGUGAGAAAUGUGAACAGGAAAGGCAGGCCAGAGAAAAGUUACGGAGAGAAAGGCAGGCAGAGGCCUCAUUUGAGAAUAGAGACUUGAACACAGGUGUGUGUCAGAGGUACCACGUGGAAAGAAAUACAAAAGUCAGGAACAGCCGAAAGUCUCCCGAAACCUGUCUGGAGGGUGAGGAAGUUGGCUGGAAAGAUAAUGGCAGUAGGAGGAUGUGGAAGCCUCUACAUAGGAUUGUUAAUGAAGGGCUGGAGAAACAAAAAAGGAACAUUGAGAAAGAAAGGGAUGUGGAGAAGCAUGAAAACCAUGGGAAGGAAGUAGUAAAAAUCAGGAAGAACGCUGUAGAAGGGCUCCAGCUAUCUCAUGAAGUGAAGGAAGAUAAUGGAAGUAGCUGUGUAAUGCACCAAAGCGGUUGGCUAAAGAAAGACACUCUGAGAGAUGCUGAGAAAAUGUCUAAAACACAUAGAGAGGGCAGAGAGGGACAAAGGGCUAAAGAGGAAGCUGCCAGAAGAGAGGGGAAUGGCACAUGUAGAGAGAGUGACGUGACUCGACGAGAAAAAACAGGGGAGCGCAGAGUGAGUAAGGAAGACAACAAAACUCAGGGAUUGGAAAGCACAAGCCGGAGGCACGCCAUUAAAAGCAGAACUGAUGUGGAAAAACACUAUGAGAUUGGCAGAACUAUUGGGGAUGGGAACUUUGCAGUGGUGAAGGAAUGCCGCCACUGUGAUUCCAAUCAGAUCUAUGCAAUGAAAAUUGUUGAUAAAUCCAAGCUGAUGGGGAAGGAGGACAUGAUGGAAAGUGAAAUCCUCAUUAUUCGGAGUCUCUCUCAUCCCAAUAUAGUAAGCUUAAUUGAGGUGUAUGAGACAGAGGCUGAGAUCUACUUAAUCUUAGAGUAUGUCCCAGGAGGGGACUUAUUUGAUGCAAUCAUAGAAAGUGUGAAGUUCACAGAGCAUGAUGCUGCUGUCAUGAUCACUGACCUGUGUGAAGCCCUGGUUUAUAUUCACAGCAAGAACAUUGUCCACAGGGACCUCAAACCAGAGAAUCUCUUGGUUCAGCACAAUGCAGAUAAAUCUACUACACUGAAACUGGCAGAUUUCGGCCUUGCUAAGCAGGUUACAAAACCCAUAUUUACUGUCUGUGGAACACCAACGUAUGUUGCUCCUGAAAUACUUGCUGAGAAGGGCUAUGGCCUCGAAGUAGACAUGUGGGCAGCUGGUGUGAUCCUUUACAUCCUGCUCUGCGGUUUUCCCCCUUUCCGCAGUCAGGACCGUGAUCAGGAGGAGCUGUUUCAGAUCAUACAGCUGGGUCACUACGAGUUCCUAUCCCCUUACUGGGACAAUAUUUCUGCAGCAGCAAAAGACCUCAUCACCAGGCUGUUGAUAGUGGAUCCCCAGAAGCGCUACACAGCACGUCAGGUACUUCAGCACCCCUGGAUCAGAACAGCUGGGAAAACCAACAGCAGGAAUCUGCAGAGGGAAGUGACAAUCAACAUCGAGCGCCAUUUCCGGGCCCAGCGCCGAAAGGAAGUUGUUAAUGAGGACACAUGA